AUGAUUCGCCGCGCGGAAAUGUACAAACAGGACAAGCAAGACCGCGAAAGCGCCAUCUUGUUCUAUGUGGGUCUUAUGCUGCAGGUGGCCUUGAACCCACUCUGUGACAUGGCCGGCUAUGCUUUGGCGCCGGCCACGGUGAUUGCGCCGGUGACGGGAAUGGACAUCGUCUGGAACACGGUGAUCGCUCCGUGCUCUUUGGGUGAGAAGCUGACCUCGCGGAGGCUGCUCAGCACCUGCAUGAUCUUCUUCGCGGCAACCGCUUCGGUGCUUUUCAGGCCGAUCAAGCAGGUCGAGUGGACGACCGAGUAUGUGGAGACAGUGUUGCUGCAGAACCGCACCCUCUUCUAUGGCCUUUGCUUUUUGGCUUGGUUUUUGUGGAACGUGACAAUCCAAACGCGCUACGAACGGGGGUCUCCAAUCCGGGGCUUCUCGCUCGGAGCGACCGCAGGCUCCCUCGCUGGUAACAUGUGGUGCACGAAGAUCACAGCAACACUUGCAGGGCAAUGCGUCGAAGGGAACUGCGAUGCCUGGGACCAUUGGGUCUCCUGGGCGUGUCUCGCUGGAGCCAUUUUCUUUUCUACCAGCAACCUCUAUUACAUCUCAAGAGGCAUGCAGCAGCACGAGGCUUUGUUCAUGGUGACGGUGUACAUGGGCUCGAACAUCGCCACCAACAGCUUGAGCGCCAUCCUGGUGCUAUCAGAGAUGGACAACGCUCCGUGGUGGAAGUUCGCCGGUUAUAUCGCCUGCAUUCUCUUCAUGAUGGUGGGCAUGGUUUUGCUCACCUCCGGCGAGAAGGACCCUGAGGCACGCGAAUUGGAGUGCUCGCCCUGCGUGGAGCUGGCCGAGGCUUCGAUGCAGGGCCACAGCACUAGCGUGCAACUGAGGCCCACACCCAGGCACGACUGCACAUCUUCCGUGCUCCGAGACAUUCGGCGUGCUGCUCAGGAGCGCCGAUGGCAUCUGAGCCUGUUCGCUUCUCAUUGCUACUGGCUCGGUUCACCAACCAGAUCAAAAAUAAGGCUAUGUAAUGAUUACACCUGUGCAACACUGCCCUCUGCAAUGCUUCGAGGGCGUCGUGGGCCUUUCUCGGCCCAGUCUGUGUCCCUGCUCGAGAUUCGUUUUCCUCGAGCACCACUGCCUGCGGCACGCGUCUUUCUUGUCGGGCAAAGCCCCUCGAGGAAGCACUAUUUGUACACUCAUGUGAGAGGCAUGUGA